AUGAAAGCGAAACGAGUAAAGAAAGGUCACAGAAAGGUGUAUCGGGCCAAAGUAGUUAUGGUUGGAGAUUCUGGAGUUGGGAAGACGAGUAUUCUGUUGAGAUACGAUGGCCAAGGGUUCACAAGUUGUUUGAGUCAGACUUUAGGAGCAUCGUUUAUAUCUUCGAAAAUGUAAGUUGGCAUAAGUUUAUAAAGUAGUUUUUAGGUUUACAAUUAGCACUAGUAGAUACUAAUAUUGUACUUUAUAGACGUUGUAACGACAGCGAUGUAGAGCUGAACAUCUGGGACACUGCGGGACAAGAGAGAUUCAGAUCAAUGGUAUGUUAGUCAUUGAAAUAUUUCAAUAUUUAGACUCCACUUUACCUCAGGAACACAACAGCAGCAAUACUGGUGUACGACAUUACAAGAUAUGAAACUUUCAGGAAUCUGGCUUCUUGGGACCGAGGUAUGUUUUUGUUAUAUUAUUAUAGGCAUAGAAAUCGAAUGUUUUAAAAGUAUUGCCGCUUUGUUUUGUGUAAACAUAUAAAUGUGAUAAAAUAAGGAUUUAUUUUAAUUUUUCAUAUUUAGAGUUGGAACUUCACGCCCCCACAGAAGUAAAACGUUUUUUAAUGGCCAACAAGUCUGAUCUGGACGAAUGUCGUGUGAUUUCGAGUGAAGAAGGUCGAGAGUUUGCUGAGAAGAUCAACGCUACAUAUCUGGAGACAUCGGCGAUGAACGGCAGAGGAAUUGAGUCUGGGAUGAGAGGCAUUGCUGAAAUGUUGUUGAAGGAAUGCGAAGAGAACGGUGAAGAAAAGGCGUCAGAAGUGGCCAGCCAAGACGACAGUGAACAGAGGGAUCGACGGCGUUUUUGUUGUAGUAUCAUGUAGGACUAUGUUGUUUAUUUAUCAUUCUAAAGUCUCAAUCUCGAGCUUUGCAAAGCUUUAAACCAUCUUUAUUAACAGGUCUACCGAAUAUAUCGGCUUCACAUUAUAAUAAGCACGCCUUAAUGAUAAUACUAUCAAUGAGAUAUUGGCUGAACGAGUAUUGUUCUAAAUGUUCAGAGUCUAUAAUGUUACUUUACUUUUAUUUUUAAUGGCUUCAUACCUCUAUUAUAAUGUCACGAUAGAGCGGUGCGGGUGUCAGAACUCACUUUUUGAAUAAAUAUGACAAUAAAAGUUAGAGUUUCUUACCUUAACAUAGACGUAUAAGACGUUCUUUAUCUCAAAUCUUGUUCUUAGAUCAAGCCAAUUUAAUCAGACUAAUAUACCUUUAUGUUAUUGAAUUUAGAAUGACCUCCAGACUACGUCCAAUCAUCGGACCCUCGAUUCUGAAUUCAGAUCUGUCAAUUUUGUACGAGGAAUGCAAGAAUCUGCUGGCUUCUGGAGCCGACCAGAUUCAUUUGGACGUAAUGGAUGGUCAUUUUGUACCCAAUUUGACAUUUGGUCAUCCCGUUGUUGAUUGUCUUCGCAAAAAACUAGGACCAGAACCUGUAAGAAUAAUAUUAUUUAUCAUAACUUCAAUAUGAAAUUAAUGUUUAUAUUGAUUAUUUACUAUUUUAUGAAUGCAACGCACAAAUUUUAGUACUUUGACAUGCACUUAAUGGUAUCAAACCCUGCCCAAUGGCUGGUUCCAAUGAAGGAAGCUGGUGCCAACCAGUACACUUUUCAUUACGAAGCUUUGAGCGACGACCAAGCUGUUUACAAUCUUAUCAAAGAGAUCAAGGCUCUUGGCCUUGAUGCCAGCAUGGCUAUUAAACCCAAGACUGACGUAAGAUACAGUAAUCUGAUGCAUUUCAUCUUUAGGUAGUCAAAAUGUGGCCAUUUGCCAAAGACCUUCACAACGUUCUCGUGAUGACGGUGGAGCCAGGCUUCGGAGGUCAGAAGUUCAUGUCAGAUCAGUUGGAGAAGGUCAAGAAGUUGAGGACGGAGUUCCCCGACCUUAUCAUUCAAGUUGAUGGCGGAGUGAGUUUGGAUAAUGUGUCAAGUUGUGCUCUGGCUGGUGCCAACUCAAUCGUGUCUGGUACUGGGAUCAUCAGACAGCCGGACCGAGCUGUAGCCAUCUCUCAGAUGAAACAGAAAGUGGUCAAAGGCCUCGAGGCAUUUAAUUAG